CGCCUGCGCCGUGCGCGGUGACCCUGAGCGGCGGCGGGGCAACAUGGCGGCGGCGGCGGCCCUGAAGGUGCGGCAGCUGAGCACGACGGCGGCGAGGCCGGUGUCCAAACUGGUGAAGCCCCCCAUCCAGGUGUACGGGCUGGAAGGGCGCUAUGCCACCGCCCUCUACUCUGCAGCCAGCAAGCAGAAGAAGCUGGAGCAGGUGGAGAAGGAGCUGUCCCGGGUGUGGACCCUGCUGAAGGACCCCAAGCUGUCCAGUGUGGUGAUGAACCCUCACACCAAGGGCACGGUGAAACAAAAAGCCGUGAGCGACGCCUUGGCGAGAGAGAAGAUGUCCCCCAUCACCGUCAACCUGAUGAACCUGCUGGCUGAGAACGGGCGGCUGCGCCACACCCCGGGCAUCGUGUCCGCCUUCGCCAAGAUCAUGAGCGCGGUGCGAGGAGAGGUGGUGUGCACGGUCACCACGGCACAGCCCUUGGAUGAGGCCAACCUGACUGAACUAAAAAGUGCUCUGAAUGGGUUCCUGGCUAAGGGAGAGGUCUUGAAGCUGGAGACCAAGACUGACCCUUCGAUCCUCGGCGGGAUGAUUGUCAACAUUGGGGAGAAGUACGUGGACAUGUCAACAAGGUCCAAGAUCCAGAAACUCACUAAGAUCAUGAGAGAGAGUGUCUAGAGAACUGUCCUGGUCAUUCCCAGGGAAACCUGCCUGAUGGAAACAAUAAAAUUCCUCCUUCUCGAGUA